AUGGGGUGCAGGAUAAACAACUCAAAUCCUCCUCCAGUUCUUCGGAAAUUCUCAACACAAAGGCAAAGGCCUAUAACAAAAUCCAUCUCCUUCUCUUCCCCUUCCAACAGUCAAAACCAACAAGAACUUGCUCCCAUCACUGCAGCCACUCAAACCCAACACCCAAAAUCGAAACUUUAUACUGUUAAGUUCAGGACCUUGAGUGCCUGCAAGCUUGGCAUAUCCAUAUAUCCAGACUUUGAAUACAAUGCUGAAGGUGGGAAAGGAACUGGGUCUGGUGCAAAGGUCGCAGAAAGCAACUUGAGCGAUGAAGUUUCUGUGUCAUUUGAUCUUGAAACACUCUACAUCCCACCAUUGAAGAGUGCAACAACAAGGUUCUUGGGAUUGCCAUUGCCACCAUUUUUGAAGAUUGACAUUGUCCCCGAGCUCUUCAGUGGGAGCAUCAAUCAAGAAUCUGGCCAGGUUGAUCUUGAAUUCAAGGCAAAGUUCUGGUUUUCUGUAGGGAGUAUCUAUAAGGCUCCUCCGCUGCUGGUGAAAACGGUCUUGACAUCUGAAGAAUCAAAAGGAUCAAUAAAAAGUGGAAAAGGGGAGAGGUUGGAUGAACAAGGAAAGUGCAGAUUGGUUGGGGUGGCAACUGUUGAUCCUAUUGAUGACUUUCUGAUUAACUCCUUCCUUGGCCUACCCACUGAAUGCCUUGCCGACCUCAAUGCUAUCAUUUCCUUGUCUUAG